UUCCGCUGUGGUGGAUGACGUCAUCCGGCUGCAGCAUCACAGCUUCUUUUGCUGAUGCGAGAGCAGCUCCAUGAUGCUCUCGGCCCCUGCUGCUGGAGUUCUGGUCCUCUUAGCUUGGAUUCAUCCAGGUCACGCGCUCUAUUUCCACAUCGGAGAGACAGAGAAGAAAUGCUUCAUUGAAGAGAUUCCGGACGAGACCAUGGUUAUCGGAAAGUACAGGACUCAACUGUGGGACAAACAGACCAGUUCCUUUCUCCCAGCCACGCCUGGCCUUGGGAUGCAUGUGGAGAUCAAGGAUCCAGAGACCAAGAUUAUCCUCUCUCGUCAAUAUGGGUCAGACGGACGGUUCACCUUCACCUCCCACACUCCUGGAGAACAUCAGAUCUGUUUGCACUCCAACUCCACCAAGAUAGCUCUGUUUGCAGGAGGAAAACUGAAAGUGCAUCUGGAUAUUCAGGUCGGAGAACACACAAACAACUACCCUGAAAUCGCUGCGAAGGACAAACUCACGGAGCUGCAGCUGCGAGUCCGACAGCUGCUGGACCAAGUGGAGCAGAUCCAGAAGGAGCAGAACUACCAGAGGUAUCGAGAGGAGCGCUUCCGCACGACGAGUGAGAGCACCAACCAGCGUGUGCUCUGGUGGUCCAUCGCUCAGACGCUCAUCCUCCUCGUCACCGGCAUUUGGCAGAUGAAGCACCUCAAAAGCUUCUUUGAGGCCAAGAAACUGGUGUAACGUCCGUGUGAGCGGCGGCCGCGUCGGGGCGCGGCGUCAACGCGAGUCGCCGUCAUUGGCGGACCAGAAUGGAGAGACGCCUCCUCCCACCCACAACGUAGAGACGCCUGGUAGGAGACGCACUCCUGACAUCAGCCACUAGAGCCAAUCCACACAGGCACAUGUCACCUGAGUCUGUGUGACCUCACACGGGGUUCAGGCUAUAUUAUGGCUGCUGUUUCGUUGUGUUCGUUGCCCUGACAACGCUGGACAUGUCGCGUGUUCUGUCCUCAGCUCAAGAAGAAGCAGACAUUAGUGAACUGAGAUGUUUGUAGACAGGAGUGAAUGAUAUGUAGGAAUGAGGAUAAUUGCUUUAUUGAUACAUGCCUCUAUGGAGGUCAAAUUGUUGCACGUAGUUUUAUUAACAGGCCUUUUUUAUUUUGUAUUGAUAGAUUUUAUUUUCCUUAUUUAUAUUACAACAAAAACAGUACACAGAAACACUGAAAGGGCAGACACACACACACACACACACACACAAACACAUACACACACACACACACACACACACACACACACACACACACACACAUUUUUCCCAUUCACGGUAGCUAUAUGCACUAUUUUUCAAGCAUUUUCAGAUAAUAGAAUGACUAAACAUCAUUUGGGAAAAAUGUCAUCCUGUAGAGCCUAUUUUUCUUUAUAGAAUUGUUCUCCAACUGUCUCAUCUUCACUCUUGCCACCUAAAAAGAUGCCAAAUUAUUUUAAAUGUUAUAUAACACAUGUAGGUAUAGUAGGAAUUUUUCAUAAUUGGAGUUCACAGAGUGAAAGUUCAGCUGACCACUCAGAGAGAAUGACAAGAAGUUAAACAAAGUCAAAUCUAGAUUGUGCCCCCCUCCAGAUCUUAAAGAAGCCAAGUCCUCUUUAAACCAGCCGUCUAUUUGGUUUCUCACCUUUUAAUGAAUACGUGCGGUCCGUUGAUCCAAUCUAUUCCCAGGUUCUCUAACCCUAUACUUUAUGUAACGCUUGUAUUUAGCAUGCAUGAUAUAGACCCUUCUUAAAGGGUUUAUUACACACAGUAAUACAGUUGUGAGCAGCGUUGAAGACAUUUUAAAGUGUUAAUUAAUGUAUUUGUGAACCAUUAUAACCUCCCAUGAUUCAGUUGUAGCUGAUGAAUUACUCAACACAGUAUGACAAAGCUGUACUGUAAUGAAACAUGUAUUAAGUGAUUAUAAAUGAAUUCUAAUCCCAUGAAGACGUGUUGAGCUUCAGGUUCAUUCUUCAGUUCAGAGUUCUGAACUGAAGGUCCACUUCCAGAGCUUUGUGCCGCUCAUGGAAUGGGCUUACUGGCUGAAGAAGAUUUAAGUACAUACUUCUUUAAUGAAUAGUUAAUGCACAUAAUAAAUACUUCCUGUUUGAUAAAUGCUCAGAGAAGUUAUAAUGGUUGACAUCUCUCUCCUUACAGAAUGAGGUGUUUCCAUCUUUCUUGUGACUGUAUAUAGAGUUCUGUGUGCUGUACAUCGGGUUUGUGAUGCCUCUUAAUAACAGCAUUCUACUGUAUGUUGUAAAUAAGUGUAUUGACUGUUUUCUAAUGCCUUUUAAAGAUUAAAUGCGUUUGUUUUUCCAGUUGUCA